AUGGGCACAGGAAAUGAUUCCUCAGCAACUGUAUUUGUCCUUGAGGGGCUAACAGAUAUCCCGGGGGUCCAGCUCCCUCUCUUCCUUCUGUUUCUAUUGAUCUAUGUGGUCUCAGUGCUGGGAAACUUAGGCUUGGUUAUUUUAAUCAGGAUCAGCUCUCAGCUUCACACCCCCAUGUAUUAYUUUCUCAGUAACUUGUCCUUCAUAGAUCUCUGCUACUCCUCUGUCAUAAUCCCCAAGAUGUUGGUGAACUUUGUGUCAGAGAAGAAUUUCACGUCCUUUCCCGAGUGCAUGGUGCAGCUCUUUGUAUUCUGCUUCUUUGGCAUUGACGACUCCUACAUGCUGACCGCCAUGGCAUAUGAUCGUUAUGUUGCCAUCUGUAACCCCUUGCUCUACAGUGCCACCAUGUCCCACAGAGUCUGUUUGCUACUGGUCACCAGUGUGUAUUCAAUGGGGGCCUUUGGGGCCUUGGUUCAUACCAGCUACAUAUCUAGCCGCUCCUUCUGUGGAACUAAAGUCAUCCCCCAUUACUUCUGUGACAUCCUCCCUCUUCUGAGUAUAUCUUGCUCAAGAGACUACACCAAGGAGCUUUUGGUGAUGGUUUUGGUUGCAUUUAAUGUAUUUGCAUGUGCUCUARCCAUCUUUAUCUCUUAUGCCUUCAUCCUUUCCAGCAUCUUGCGUAUACGCUCAGCUGAAGGAAGGUCAAAAGCCUUCAGUACCUGCAGCUCUCAUCUUGCAGCUGUUGGGAUCUUCUACGGCUCCAUCAUCUUCAUGUAUUUUAAACCAAUUACCAGUGACAGAACUCAGGAGAAGGUGGCCUCUGUGUUCUAUACCACAGUGAUUCCCAUGCUUAACCCCCUCAUCUACAGUCUUAGGAACAAGGAUGUCAAGGAAGCCUUAAAAAAAGUUUUGAAUGGUGGAUGCUCUCCAGAUCUGUGUAGAAAAUAA